UCAAACCAUUUAAAAAUGUCGUGAACGAUAUAAACACUUUUAUUCACAAUGACGAAACGAAUAUUGUUCGGUCUUUAAACAGGAUAGAUUGUAAACCGAGGAAUUUAGGACUAGGACUAGGACCAGGGCUAGGACGUCUUAACUAAGACAUCGGGUCCGGGUAAUUAUGACGUCGGUGUCUUUAAUUGCGAUGUCAGACACAGGAGUAGGUUUGUCUUAACGACGUCGUGUCUGGACCAGUCCUUGGAGGUCUCUAAGCCAUUUGUUGAUGUUUCCAAGUGAAAUUAACACGGUUUUAUUAUCUAGUCGUAGAGGACACAGUAAUUAAACCUAUGAUUAAACCCUGCUGUUGUGGGUUUUAAUAACACUGAAACGGUUUUGUUGUUUUAAUUAUGAAAAGAAACUUUUGGGAAUUUAAAAAGAAGCGCAAAGUUUGUUAUUUUGUGGGGUUUUCUUUAGAUACAAAUGUUCGUCCUUGUCUGAAGUUAAGGACAUAAACCAGAAACAAUGAUUAAAUUGGACAUUUCUUAUCAACUGACUGUUGAUGAGACAGAAAAAAUUACCAGAGAAGAACGAGAGAGACGAAGAAAGAUUCGAUUCCAGCAGGUUCGGGAAAUUUCCAAAACCAACGCAGCAAAAGUGAGAAAAGCUGUAACCAAAACUAAAGUCAAAGAACUGAAUAAAUUAUUCAAUACCAUUAAUGAGGAUUUAAACAAGGAAAAGUCUGAGAAGAUCGCAGAACUAACGGAAUGUUACAGGCAAAGCAUUAGCAACAUUGGUCAUGCCCAACGGUUGGCGGCGCAGAAAGACGAUCCUGAUAUUGCAAAACGGCGCAUGAUGAAGCGUUACAAGAAGGAUGUUAAACUCCGCCACAAUGUGGCUCUGUCGAAGCUGCACGAAGACAAGGUCACAAAAUACGUGCGAGAAAACAAACACAUCAUUUCUAGGAAAGCAGCUUUGGAAACGGAGAAGGCGCGAGCAAUGAAGAUAGCAUCAUUGCCUCAGCCAGAGAAAAACAUUUUUGAAGAAGUCAAGCAAUUGACGGUUCCUGCAAAAAAGAACAAGACCACUGCCCCGCAUUCCCGAAUUUCUUAUCCAUCUCCUCCGGUCGUGGAAAAACAUGACAAGAAAUCGGUGAAAGACGGUUACCUUGCGGCCCAAGCUCAAGAUUUACUUCUCCAAGAACAACAACGACAAAUAAAGCAGACCUCAGAGAAACAGGAACAUAUUCAGAAGGAACGUUACCAAAAAGCCUUACAAAUAGAAUUGCUCAAUAGGGAUAGUAAAAUGAUGAUGAAGGAGAUCAGCUUCAUUCAGAAGAAGCAGACCAGGCAGAGACAGAAGAAUUUGGCGAAAAUUCCUAAGCAGGUGUUCCUUCCUCCCUACAAGCGCCAAGAGAACUUACAGAAUAAACAGAAGCUCAUGGAGAAGGACUUUGAACAGAUCUACGUCAGCAACGAAACAGAGUUGAAGAGUGACUUGAAUGUCUUGUUGGAACCUCACCCACCAGUCGAGACUGCGGAACCCACCGAUUCCCUUGACCUUACCCUUAAUUCUUCUGACCAGGAAUCUACACCCACUCUUACAAGACAGGACCACUCGACAACCAUGAGGGAUAUCACAAAUAUACCUGCAGCUCAAAAGGGCAAAGAGAAAUCUACCUUACAGUCCCUGUUUAACCGCAUCAAGUCCCAGCGUAGCGACUGGAUCAGUGGAAUGACGGAUAGUUUGCAGUAUGUUGAAACUGGUCAAAGGAAAAUGGACAAAUCUGAUUAUCUCAGAUCACAAAUUCCCAUGAGCAGUGAAGAAGGAUCUUCCGAUUUUCCUGUCGAUGAGGCGAGCACUUCAGUUCCCACCCGUGAUGGGAUCGGCUUCAUUCCAAGCACCGAGGGCACGGAUGAAUCUGGGGUUAGAGUUGUUAGGGUCCAUGAUGACAAGGGUCACGAGACAAAAGGUGUUGAUUCUGAUAGCAUCACAGAAGAAAUUAGACAGCCAGGAAUUCCAGAGCCAGUUUCCAGAGCUUUUAAACUUCAGCAGCAAAUUCAACAAGUUAUGGAACAGAAAAAGAGAAUUGAGGAACAGAGAAGGAAAUUAGAGGAAAAACUCCAUAAUUUUGACAAAGGUAAACGUGUCGAUCGGUUGAGUGGUUACAAGUUUAGCCCUCAACAGGUUGCAUCACCUGAAACCAAAGAAUCUGUCGGAGAUUCCUCCGACCAAACAGACUCACCUGCCAAACAAACAUUCCCAAAAGAACAAAAAGCUAAUAUCCAAGAAUUACUGGAACACGGCAGAGCUCUCAUUCAGUCGAGUAUGGCACACAUCAAAGAUUCUAUAGAAUUACACCAAAAGGAUUCCACCAGCCUAGAAUUCUUGCCUCAGUUAAAUUCGACUACAUUAGGCAAGCAUUUUCCAUUGACAUUUUCAAAUUUACCUGAUAAUAUUUCCAAAGUCAGAGAUUACCAAAAACAUCUUCUUGAGAAGCAUGAAGAAAAAUUAAAAUCCCCAUUAUCCAGCUUAGAAGCUAAAAUUCCUUCCCAGAAUGCAGUAGCGGCAACUUCUGUCUCAGAAAUGCAAAAUACAGGUGAGGGACCAUUGCUUCUGUCCCCACCUUCCCCAAGUUUUCGUCUUCCAUUUGAUCAGAACGAAGAAUUUGUUGGCGUCGAUGUUGGUACAGAUUACAGCAGAAUCAGACCAAAUAUUUCUCUGUCUUCUGCUACGAGUCAGGAAGCCCAAGGAUCUACACCGACUUCGAAGCUGGAGCAACUGUUCCGGUCAUUUAAGACUCUGAAAGGUUUAAAACCGAAUUCCGCUGCGACAACCGAAAAGACUGAGACCAAAUUCCAGGAAGAUGACCAGCAAUUAGACUGGCUAAAUUCUUUACCAAAUUCUUUGCUGCCUUCUUCCACUUCUUUUGACAAGAUGGAGCCUGAAAAUAUCUUGCAGAAAAAAGACAUUCUUUUGCCGCCUGGAACUGAUGGCUUGGGAUCUAUUGGAAGUCAAAAGCCUAGGCAACAAUACCAGCAACGCCAGUCGGGUUUGCUAAGUCUGGUGCCAGAGAAAUCCGAUGUGCCAUUUUAUGAUGUUGAUUUAUUAAACAUGUUGCCUGAGAAAGACACGGAAAGUUUGCCUUCUGACGACAGUCAAAAACUGUCGCAAUACACUGACGACGACGACAGUUCGUCGUUUUUGACAGAACUUUUGUCAUCCGGAAUAAACGGACACACGGAUACUGGGUACAGCUCUGAGCAUAUUUGGGGCCGUGAUUUAAUCAAAAAUGCUUCCAACAAUAAUGAUAGAAUUCAGAGCAAUCAGUAUAGUCUGCAGAAGCAGCUCAGCAACAUCGAGGAACAGACCAAGCUGCUCAAUCAACAGUUGUCGGCCAGCAACGAACAGUUUGACAUACAAGUCAAAGAGGCCCUGAAACUUAAAGAAGAAAUAGGGAGCCUGGCAACCAGAAAUUCACCCAGUUUGCAAAUUGUUCCUAUGGAUCAGCGGCGGCCGCCACCUAUACAGCGGUCGGCAUUUAUUAACGGUCAUUUUCCUCAUGAACUCAGUGCUAUUGAAGAGGCAGAGAGCAUAUUAAUGACCUCCUGUCGAUCUGAUAGUCACCGUCGUUACUCUUCUCUCUCACCAAUUACUGUUGACAGAGAUCACAAGAAAUCAGGCGUCCAACUUGACCGUUCCAACUGUGGCAACACUCCUCAGCACAGCAGACAAGAUUUCAGUCCAUCUCAGACUUCAGUUUCCAUGGAUCAAGCGCCAUGUCUCUCGUCAACAGGUUUUCCAGAUCCCAAUGCUUCUUCAAGAAGUGGCCCUUUGAGCCCUAAAUCUUUUAGUUUAUGGCAAGAUACCAGUGUUUCAGUAUCAGGGAAAGCAGAAGAAGAAGAUUCAGGUAGAAAUGGAAACUACUCAGUAGAUAGAAUCUGGAGAGAAAUUCUUGAACGGUCAAAAUUUCACUGGAGUUCUGAAGACGUGUGUGACGUGAAUCACGGAGGCAGCAAGGGGUUGAGCCCAACAUCAAUGAAAACUGCAAACCCUGAAGAAAAUUUUGGUCCCCUGCAGUGUGAUCCCAAAUCAUCAGAGACCAGUUCCGAUGAAAUAAAAUUGCCGUCGGUUUUACCACCUGAUUCUUCGACGGUGUUACCUUCAUCACACCUGACAGCUGCUACUUCUGAAAGUUCGUUAUCAGAAAUUCUAUCUGAAGGCGGUUCCUUGUCCAGAGAACUCAUGGACAACCACAGAGACUUGUCGGCAUUUUUGUCCCAGUUGCGUCUUUUAGCUCUGAAGAAUCGGGCAGUUUCAAUGAAUUCCUUAAGAACUGCGACAACCAAAUCUGAUGCCACGCAAAACUUUGCAGAAGAUGGCACAGCUUCUGUUACCGAUAAACCAUUCUAUAACUCGGUGCUUUCUGUUGCCAAUGCCACAGUUUCUACAACAGACUCUGCAACAAUUCCUGAAGCUGAUAGGACCCGUGUGGACCAAUCAGAAAUAUCCAAGUUUGCUCUCUUCCAUUGCUCUGAUAAAAAUCUCAGCAUUGCUGCAACAAACGGUAACAAUACCACUUUUGAUUCUGCCAUUGUUAAUAACAUAACUAGGCAAGAUUCCGUAUCAAACAUUGAUUCUAUUCCUGUUCUUGAAACUUCCACUACAAGUGUUUCUGUUCCAGAAAAUUCUUUUGACCUUGCAGAAAUUAUUGCUCCUCUCCUUUCUAAAUUCAAAGACCGCUUGUUUAUCAGUGACCCUUUCCGUGCUUCUUCACCCAUCUCCAGUUUGACUCACGUAACCAAACUGCCCGACUCUUCUUCCCUUACUGCUAAUCAAGACCUGCCUCCCAAAACAGCGUCUCAGUUUGACGACUCCUCUUCCCAGAACACUUUCCCUUCUCUUGAAAAACUCAGAGCUGCUCAAGCUCUCUCUCCUCAGGAACCAGCUUAUCGAAACUCCCCGACCCCGCACUACAGUCCACCUCAAACAAACACGUCCACACUGUCCUCUCUGCCCUUUUCUCACACCACAUUGCACAGCUGUAGUGACCAAAGCAACAUGGCAGGAACCAAUCAAAUAUGUGCCCCAGAACCACCAGAAUUAUUGUCUCCCACCAUUUCCCAAUAUUCCUACAGUUCAUCGUCCAGCCUUGAUGAAAUAGACACAGAUGACCACCAGCUAUUAGCAACGGACCAAAAUGAUGACCACCGGCUAUUGGCGACAGACCAAAAUUUGUGUCUUUCAGACAAAUCAUUCAAAGAGAUCAACCUACAAAAUUCUAAAGAUCAGCAACAACAACAACAGUCAACGUCUAUCUCGGUUCCAAGUGAUUCCAUGUUCUAUUCUAAUCCUUGCAAUCGGUCACAGUCUCUCUCCCCCUCCUCACCACCACCACCCUCAUCCAAUCAAGUCGUCUCCCAGAGGUCGCCCGGUGCAUCACACCUGUUGCCGAAUGGUGCUGUUAAAGACCAAGGUUUGGAAGAGUCCAGUGUCUCAGACUCGACGAGUCGAUCCCAAUGUACCGUUGUGAUGAGGAAGGUUUCCUCCAAGAAGAUGCCUUUUGGUCACUCGGCAUCUUCGCCAUCAUCAUCAUCAUCGACAACAACAGCAACAAUAGGGAAAUCAGACAAAACUGAUGCAAUGAAAUCUACAUCUUUUGCAAACUCGGCACAAAUUUGGUCAGAGAUUCCUUCAUCCAAAACAGCAUCCAGUGCUAUGAUGCCACCCGAAAACACAAAAUCUGCCGACUGUCAUUCAUCCUCAUCUGCCUCAUCUCUGACUCAGUAUUCAUAUUCUUCCUCUCCUUCCCCCUCCUCUUCUCAAGAAGAUCUUUCCACCAAUUCUAACUGCAUUGCACCAAACCCUUCUAAAGGACCUGCGAUGUGUGAAGCCAAAAUCUUCUUCAACCCCUUAUCAAACGGUGCUGAUGUUAUCACGCAGGAGGAAAAGACAUUGUGGGGAGAUGGGCCCGAGGCAGAUGAUGCUAACGAGGGAGCCUGGUUCUCUCUGAUACAGGAGGACAUUUCUAUAGCAACGCCAAACGGCUCACCCCUUUUCAAACACGAAAGCCUGCCCCUCAGUAUUUCUCCAAUUCUCAGUUCUAUCCACAGUGAAAGUACUGACGACACACCAGACAGAUAUUCCUCUCCUCCGUUACACUUCCAACAGGUAGUCUUACAGUCAACCUGCAAAAAGGAGAACCCUUACCAUCAAACCUUGCCUGACCCUGUAACUCUCAACGUUACCAAUUCUUCGUCCUCACUUCAACCGAUGUCAACAUCAUCAACAACGAUGACGGCCCUGACACAACAGUCUAAUGUGAAUAACUCGUCCCUCUCAGGUGAAAAUAACUCAUCAUCAGGACAAGCGGUCACCACUUUGACCAGUUCCAGUACUCUUAGUGGUCUGAGUGAUUUAUCUCUCCCCAGCAACAUCAAACAAGACUAUCAAGUCCUGUUAGAUCAGGCAAGGACGUUUAUGAAGCGCUUCAAAGAAAACGAGAAAAUGCAAAAUGCAUCAAACUCCCAGACUAGUCAAGAUGUGUGUAAGGAGCCAACAGCUUUAGAACAACAGGAGCCCAAUAGAGCAACAGCUUUUGAACAGCAGAGGCUUUCUACAGCAGGAGCUACUGAAUUGCAAAGAGUCAAUAUGCCAACAGCUUUUGAUCAACAGGGCCCCAAUAUAGCUUCAGCUUUUGAACAACAGGGCCCCAAUAUAGCAAUGGCUUUUGAACAACAGGGUCCCAAUGUGGCAAAAGCUUUUGAACAGCAGAGGCUCACUACAACAGGAAUGCAAAGAGUCAAUGCACCAACAGCUUUUGAACAGGGCCUUAAUAUAGCAACAGUUUUUGAACAGGGCCCCAAUAUAGCAACGGCUUUUGAACAACAGAGCCCCAAUAUAGCAACGGCUUUUGAACAACAGGGCCCCAAUAUAGCAGGAGCUACCGAAUUGCAAGGAGUCAAUGUACCAACAGCUCUUGAGCAACAAGGGACCAACGUAACAACUGCUGUUGACCAACAGGGUCCCAUUGCACCAACUGCUACUGAACUGCAAGGUGUCGAUGAAACUGCCCCUAUUGAACAACUAGACCCCAAUGAUGUUGCAGAAAUUAUUCAGAGGCAUGAAAUUUCCUUGAAAAGAUUUGAUUCCAUAUUUGAUCAGAUGCAACAAUCUCCCGAUGGAAUUUUAGAAGAACCAGACCUAAGCUUGGUUUCCAGUGAAACACUUUCUAACUUAGAGUAUGGAAGCAGCUAAACAGACAAAUCACCAAUUUUUAAGUCACAGAUACUCAAUAAUUGUAGAAAAAUGACAAUAUUUAAUGAAUUAAUUGGUAACAAUCUGAAUUAACACCUGAGGAAAAACAGCGAGGACCAAAAAACACUCACCUGGUUGCUAUGGAAACCAAAAUUAACAAAAGCGACCUCACCAAAAGCUUUCAUUGUACCAUAAAGUUGUAGUUUUGAGUCAUUAUUUAUU